CGCUGCCUUUUGAUCUGUUCCUAAGAUUCUCUUAGGAUUUUAUCUUACUCCCAAUUAUAAAUGCAUGGCGUGCAAUCUUUAAUCAAGUCAAUGAAUUUAGAUAACGAAAAAGACUCGGAUAAUAGUACAGAUGACCCUGGAGAGGAUACAUCAUCUUCGUUUCAAUUGCAACCACUGUCCCCUCCUCCUGGGUCCAAUCUGUUGUGUAACGAUGAAACCAGAAUUGAGAGAASACGACUUCGGCACGAAUGGGAUCAUCUAGAUCAAUAUGAUGUCGCUCUAUAUUUGGAUGCGAUCGAGACGGCCAUCGAACGAGGACUUCACCAACGUUUUGCACUCUACCACUUUGACGAGGUGUCGGAAAUACAAGCCCAUGACACGUGUGGCUUUUAUUUGUGGCAUAGAAUCUUCAUUCUGGCCUACGAGAACAUGCUCCGGUCGCUAGAGAAUCGAUUUUYAUGCCUGACAAUUCCCUUCUGGAAUAUUUAUCGAGACUAUGACAAGCAGGAAUUGCCGUCGGAUGUGAAUGCCUGUAGAUCCUAUGCCACAUGCUCAAAGAUCAUUAACGACUUGGGAGGGCUCGUGUUGAACGAUGAUUUUGAAGAACGAACUUUUUUUGGAACAAAAGUGGAUGGUCUAUGGCAUUUCAAACCACCACUGCAGAACCUUCGAGACGACAACAACCGGGUCGGUAUGAUUAGAUAUGAUCUUUGGUUCGAUCCAAUCCCGAAAGAAGUCAACAUUUUGUCGGUCGAAAACAUAACCCGGGUUUUUGCCACUAAAAAUCGGGCCGAGUUCUGGGAGAUUUUGCACCACAGUAUCCACGAUUCGGUUCACGACACGAUCGGAGGCUUCAUGAGGACUCCCGCUAGCCCUAUUGAUCCUCUAUUCAUGCCGUGGCAUAGUACCAUGGAUCUUUACGAUUAUAUCUGGGAAACCUGUCAUUCCGAAAGUGACAGUUACGGCGACCCGACUUAUGAGGAUGCGAGUGGCGAGAAGUGCAUUUACACAUCAAAAGCAAAGAAUCAUUUUCUUAAUAUCUCUCUUCACACCGAUACAGUAUAUAUGAAACUCAACAGCAAUGCUACGAUUGAUAUUCGCGACGAUCCACAGAUUGGGAAAUUUUUUUCACAUCCCAUGAACUUCGCUGAUGUUUGGGAAAUAAGGAAAUUGAACAUAGAUCAUAGAUUUAGAUACACCGACAUUCCAGAAUACUUCAUUCGCGCUCUCGAGAACAAUCCCGAAGCCUGUCCGAAUGGACUGAAUUCAAUCCUGCCAAGUCGAUAUAUUGCAAAUGGUACCAAUAACGAUGGAUUUGUUGAAAAAUAUACACGAAAGCCGCCCACAUUCUCGAAUGAGGAGCUGAUGAACUUUAAAAAAAUUUGGAUCGAACAAGCCCAAUCCUAUUUCGACGAAGUAGCUCCAUCACCGUCAACGAAUGAUGACGAAGUCGCGCCUCCCGGUUCUCGCAAAAAAUCAAAGGAGCAAUUGUGCUGCCACAGCAGUAACAAUAUUAAGUUUAUUUGUUGCUUGCUGUUUGAAGCGAUUGACCGCGAUACGAUAGAGCGAUGGGCCAUUGAUGGCGACACAUUUCUGGCACAGGUGGUACAAAGUAGGAGAUAUGACACCCAUCCACUUUGUCGUGAUCUUCUUUCAAAUACUUCGUAUGGCCCCAAUGUUGAGGCGAGUCAAAAGUAUGAAGAAUCGUCGGUUGACUGCUUUUCAGAUACAAAACCCCACAUUAGCAGCAGUGGUGGUCAUUUUCGAGGUGCAAUACGAGACUCGAUUUGCCAUUGGUGGUCUGCCGUAUUUCUGAUCACAUAUCUCGUAUCCAUAUUUGUGCGAUAGUAGCACUAUCAUACCAAUUUCUUACGCUCCAAUGAACAUAAUUGAAUGCAAUAAUUAGAUCAUUUGUUA